GAGUAAACCUGCCGGGAGAAACAACGCCAUUUUCACCCAGUGCAGCUCCAGACAGAUGAGAUGCGUCUGAGAUCUGACUGUCUGAGCAAACACCGCGUCACACAUUAUGACUAUGUGUGAUUAAUAAUCUAUUGUUUCUGCGCCACUCUGUGAUUUGAGCUCGUGCUGGAGGAAUCGGACUGCUAGUGGCAGGAACUUCCCCCAUCGAGCUCCGGAAGACUGGAGAGGACACACACAACUGGUCCGACUGCCCUAUUCCAGCCCCCAAACCCUCUCAAUCAGGCUGCGGAGUGUUAUAUUGACUUGAGUUUUGUGGUGGGACACAGAGGAACAAACCCUGUUACAGUUGUGUGUGAUCUGGAUGUUCCGCUGAACGGAUGCGUGAGGACAUGUCGAGCGUGGUGUGUGUGAAGGAGACGGAGGGGCAGGGGGACCCCGACGAGAAGCUGUCCCAGGACGAGCUGCUAUGUCGGACACGAGAGGUCAUGCAGGGGCUGGAGGCGCUCCGUGCAGAACAUCAGGUCAUCCUGGAGGGGCUGAUGGGGACCUUGCGCUGCCUCAAACAGAGCCAGGAGGGUCGUGCUGUUGAGGAGAAGACGGCCAUGAUUCAACGCUCCAUGGAAAUGCUGGAGCUGGGCCUUAGCGAGGCACAGGUGAUGAUGGCUCUGUCAGGGCACCUGAGUGCAGUGGAGGCUGAGAAACAGAAGCUUCGAGCACAGGUGCGGAGGCUGUGUCAGGAGAACCAGUGGCUGAGGGAUGAGCUGGCAGGAACCCAGCAGCGGCUGCAGAAGAGCGAGCAGAGCGUGGCCCAGCUGGAGGAGGAGAAGAAACAUCUGGAGUUCAUGAACCAGCUCAAGAAAUACGACCAGGACCUCAGCCCAUCAGAUGAUAAGGACUCUGAUUCCAGUAGGGAGACACUGGAUGACCUUUUCCCAGAUGAUCAGGAUGAACCGGGUCCUGGCAUCCAGCCUCCUCACAGCAGUGCAGUGGCAGCAGCGCAGCAGGGCGGUUACGAGAUCCCCGCUCGUCUCCGAACCCUCCACAACCUGGUGAUCCAGUACGCCUCACAGGGCAGGUAUGAGGUGGCCGUUCCUCUCUGCAAACAGGCUCUGGAGGAUCUAGAGAAAACAUCUGGACACGAUCAUCCGGAUGUAGCCACCAUGCUGAACAUUCUCGCCCUCGUUUACAGGGACCAGAAUAAAUACAAAGAGGCAGCAAACCUCCUUAACGAUGCAUUGGCCAUCAGAGAGAAGACCCUGGGCAAAGACCACCCUGCGGUGGCUGCCACUCUGAACAACCUGGCCGUUCUUUAUGGCAAACGAGGGAAGUACAAGGAAGCAGAACCUCUGUGUAAAAGGGCUCUGGAGAUCCGAGAGAAGGUGCUGGGGAAGGACCACCCUGAUGUUGCUAAGCAGCUGAAUAAUCUGGCCUUGCUGUGUCAGAACCAAGGCAAGUAUGAAGAGGUGGAGUACUACUACCAGAGAGCCCUGGAGAUCUACCAGACCAAACUGGGCCCUGACGACCCCAAUGUGGCCAAGACCAAAAACAACCUGGCUUCAUGCUACCUGAAACAGGGGAAAUUUAAGCAGGCCGAGACUCUAUAUAAGGAGAUCCUGACCAGAGCCCAUGAGAGAGAAUUUGGCUCUGUAGAUGAUGAAAAUAAACCCAUCUGGAUGCAUGCAGAGGAGAGAGAAGAACAGAGCAAGGGAAAGCAGAAGGAUGGCUCUCCGUUUGGAGAGUAUGGUGGCUGGUACAAGGCCUGUAAAGUAGACAGCCCCACUGUGACAACCACACUGAAGAAUCUUGGCGCUCUCUACAAGAGACAGGGCAAGUUUGAGGCUGCAGAGACUCUGGAGGAGGCAGCUUUGCGCUCCAGAAAACAGGGUCUGGACACGGCACAUAAGCAGCGUGUGGCGGAGGUGCUGGGAGACCCUGAAGUACGAGAGAAGCAGCGGAGCCGUGAGAGCCUGACCUCUGACACGGUGAAGUACGAAAGCGGCCCUGACGGAGGAGAGGAAGUGAGUAUGAGCGUGGAGUGGAACGGGGACGGCUCGGGCUCGUUGAAGCGCAGCGGUUCCUUUAGUAAACUGCGGGCCUCUAUCCGACGCAGCAGUGAGAAACUGGUCCGCAAGCUCAAAGGAGGAGGCUUACGAGAAAACGAACCCAAAAAUCCUGGCAUGAAGAGGGCCAGCUCUCUUGGAGUUCUCAACCAGCCGGAUUUUCCUGUGGGAGAACUCAAAGAACGAAAUAAUCGUCUGAGUAAGACGCGGGACCUGAGUUCCAGUCACACUGACCUGGCGCAUUGACGGUCUGCUGUUGGAUGUCCCAAUGAAGAGAGGUACUAAGAGGUCUCAUCAUCGGGCUGACGUGAGCUGUGUUCAGACAGGACUACCUUCUCCGGAGGUUACUUUUGCUCUCGAGUCUUUGUAUAUGUAUUUAAUUUCUGGCAAGUUAGCUGUAGAAAUUAUGUUAAAAA